ACGUUGAUGCACAUACGUCCACCAACCAUCGCUGCUCUCGUAACCGUUUUUUCUGUUUAUUCUAUAUUUCUCUCUCUCUCUCUCUCUCUCUCUCUCUCUCUCUCACAGAUUCCAUCUGUUAACCUAAACCCACAUCAAAUCUUUGAUCUAAACACUCACUAUUGAUCCCGCAUUGCCUUCUCAGAUCCAAACCUUCUCCUCCCACUAACCCACAUUUCCUCUCGCAGAUCUUCGAUCGUCGGUUUAAUUUGAUCUUAGAUCAAUGGCCAGAUUGGAGAGCUUGAUCGGCCUGGUCAACAGAAUCCAGCGAGCCUGCACCGUUCUAGGCGAUCAUGGCGGUGAGGGUUUGUCACUCUGGGAAGCUCUUCCUACCGUUGCCGUUGUUGGAGGCCAGAGUUCUGGAAAGUCAUCGGUUUUGGAGAGCGUGGUCGGGAGAGAUUUCUUGCCUCGUGGAUCCGGUAUUGUGACAAGGAGACCGUUAGUGUUGCAACUUCACCAGACGGAUGAGGGACGGGCUGAAUAUGGAGAGUUUCUUCAUGCACCUAAGAAGAAGUUCACUGAUUUUGCUUCUGUACGUAAGGAGAUCCAGGAUGAGACUGAUCGUAUAACUGGGAAAACAAAACACAUCUCCAACAUUCCAAUUCAUCUCAGCAUAUAUUCUCCAAAUGUUGUAAACUUGACACUUGUAGAUCUUCCUGGAUUGACGAAGGUGGCUGUAGAGGGACAACCAGACACCAUUGUUGAAGAUAUUGAGAAUAUGGUCCGUUCUUACGUUGAGAAGCCUAACUGCAUUAUAUUGGCCAUAUCACCUGCUAAUCAAGAUAUUGCCACUUCAGAUGCCAUCAAACUUGCAAAAGAAGUCGACCCUACAGGUGAAAGGACAUUUGGAGUGCUAACAAAACUUGAUCUGAUGGACAAGGGAACCAACGCUCUGGAUGUUAUAGAAGGAAGGUCAUAUAGACUGCAACACCCAUGGGUUGGAAUUGUGAACCGUUCACAAGCUGAUAUCAACAAGAACGUUGACAUGAUUGCUGCUCGUCGGAAGGAGAAAGAAUACUUUGAAACUAGUCCUGAAUAUGGACACUUGGCGCACAAAAUGGGCUCAGAGUAUCUUGCCAAACUUUUGUCUAAGCAUCUGGAGAUUGUCAUCAGGCAGCGUAUACCUAGUAUCAUUGCUUUGAUAAAUAAGACCAUUGAUGAGCUUAAUGCCGAGCUGGAUCGCAUAGGCAGGCCAAUUGGUGUAGAUUCAGGGGCCCAGCUAUACACUAUUUUAGAACUAUGUCGUGCAUUUGACCGUGUUUUUAAGGAACACCUGGAUGGAGGGCGACCUGGUGGAGAUCGAAUAUAUAAAGUUUUUGACCAUCAAUUACCGGCUGCCUUGAAAAAGCUUCCCUUUGAUCGUCACCUCUCUUUAAAGAAUGUCCAAAAAGUUGUUACUGAGGCUGAUGGCUAUCAGCCCCAUUUGAUUGCUCCAGAACAAGGAUACCGAAGACUCAUUGACGGAUCUAUUGUCUAUUUCAAAGGACCAGCUGAAGCCUCUGUGGAUGCUGUGCACUUUGUUUUGAAAGAACUUGUACGGAAGUCAAUAGCUGAAACAGAGGUAUUUUUACAAUUUUACACGUGAUUUAAGCAGUUUUAUGCAAAAUCAGUCUGCACCAGUGCUUUUACUUUGAAUUGAAAAUUUCGUGACGAAAGCAGGAAAACAGUUACACGGCUGGUGGAAAUGGAGUCUAGUUAUCUGACAGUCGAAUUUUUCAGAAAGCUUAAUCUUGAAUCAGACAAAGGUCCAAAUCAAACAGGACCAAAUGCGGACAAAAACUCAAAAGAACCAGUACAAAACAUGGACCGUUUUGGAGAUAAUUAUCUCAGGAGAAUUGCAUCAAAUGUCAACUCUUACAUCAAUAUGGUUUGUGAGACGCUGAGGAAUUCGAUUCCCAAGGCUGUUGUUCACUGUCAAGUUCGAGAGGCCAAGAGAUCUCUGCUCAACCUCUUCUACACCCAAAUUGGGAGGCAAGAGAAGGAGAGGCUUGGUGCAAUGUUGGAUGAGGAUCCAGCGCUCAUGGAAAAGCGAACGAACAUUGCCAAACGGCUUGAACUAUACAAGUCAGCUAGAGAUGAGAUCGAUUCUGUAGCAUGGAAAUGAUGGAGCCACAUUAGAUUGCAUGAGGCUGCUCAUACUAGAUUUGACAUGACAAAAUACCAGAUUUGGACGUGCAUAUUCUUCUUUCUACUUGAAAUAAGAAAAACCCAGAGGUGCUGCAAGAGCUUAGAUUUGAAUUGAACUUGCACGUGAUUCUUUCACCGCUUUUUUUCUUCAUUGAACAUAAACUUCAACUCAAUGUACAAUUAUAUGAUUCUUUCUUAA